GUAGACGCAUUUUCCCUCUUCGGUGUUUAUUACAUUGACGUCAUCAUUACCUGCUCAUCCAUCCGUUCAACAGGAAGUAACGAAGCACUCUUGUGGUGCUUAGCAGAGCGUAUAGGUGAGACGAAAGUUUUCUUUUUGCAUCUUGGUAGCACCUGUCUUUUCUCAUCGUCACCACUCCUCAUCCAUGUCGCAUAGUUUCUCAGAGCAGGAGCGCUACGAUUUGAAGGAGAUCUUCCGCAUUUAUGACUUCUCUAAGGUCGAUAAAGUAGGCGACGUCGUCGCCGACGCGGAGCGGAAAGGCACCUCCGCCGCGGAACUUUUCGACAGUCUCUACGCCUUGUACAAAAUUACGAAGCUGCCGCAGCGCGAGGCGGUGGCGAAGCGCUUGCACAUGGCCGUCACCACCGCCAGCGACGCGGAUGUGGAGAGCGUAUUACGUCAGACAGAAAUGAAGGGCUUCAGCGAGCGCGACGCCACGCGAUCGCUUGAACGCAAGUGCAACGUCCAGCACGUCACGAAUCGCAGCCUGCAGGCUGCCCGCAACAGUCUGAAUAGUCGGCGCGACGACAAGGCAGUAGAAGAAGAGCAGUCGGAACUGCAGCGGACGACCAGUCAGCUGCGACACGUCACCGUUAGUGACAGCAGCGCGUCCUUCCUGGGUGGCAGCACCACCGCUGUCAAGGCAGAAAAUGGCAACAACAAGGACGGCGAGGAGGAGUCAUCGGUGAUUUUUGCCCGACCGCCCAGCCACCUCAGCGCCGCUCCAACACGCGAUAGCCUCGAUGAGGUUAUGUCUGAGGAAAUACGCGAGUGGCUUGGCAAGAUGCUCGGCGACGCACACAACAGCGAUGUGCUGGCCUUGCCCAAUUUUAUCGAUGCCCUCCGCAACGGCGUGCUGCUGCACGUACUGCUACAGAAAAUGCAGGACCCUCCCGUUGCGGACGCAGACCUGAAGCUGCCGAAGAGGUCUACGGGCUUUUUUAUUCGCGACAACGUGGCGACGUUCUUGGCGGAGGCGAAGCGGCGUUUUAAUUUGGUUGAUGCGCAGCUGUUUACGGACUCGGACUUGGUGGACGGCAAGAGUGAUCGCCAGGUCGUGACGUGUCUCAUGGCGAUGGCGCGUAUUGCCUACAACGCCGGCUCGAUCACAUUCGCGCCGAACAUCAUCAUGUACGAGCACGAGAUCGAGCAGCAGGGCUCAAAGCUCACCAAGACGGACCUUGAUCGUAUUGUGAGCGAGGCGGAGGCGGCCGAAGCACAAUCCAUUCCCACGCUGCAGACCGACGAAAAGGCGGCGGCGGAGGAAGGGGUAGAGGAGACGCCGGACACCGAACCCGACGGCAUUAACGCCGACAUUUCUUCGAAGGAGCCGGCGGACGAGCAGGCACUGGAAGACGCCUCUGCGUUAGUAGCACCUCGUAGCGACGCUGCGCGAAAGGUCGAUUUGCCCUCGACGGCGGCGGACGAAAAGUCUCCCUUGUCGGACGCAUAUGAAAAAGAAACGAGGGAGGACGGCGACGUGGCCCCGGAGGCGGACGAAGCGUCGCAAGGCACGGCGCCGCUGCAGGACUCAGCGCUAGACAUUUCCCACCCGGCCACGAUGGACCGUACGAUGAGCCCGGCCAAGUCGAAGAGCUCGCGGGAUCACAGCGCCACACCGGAGCGUCGCUCGACGCGCGACACCACCGAGUCCACUUUCAUGACGACCCCGCCACCGGAAGCUGUGGCAGCCGACGCGACCGAGACAACGGCGGUGAAGGGAGAGGACAGCCCAUUGCCUCCAAACGCGGAUGCUCACCCGACGGAAGAGCGCUGCAUCCCCUCGGCAGAGGCGCAGAACGCGUCGUCCGCACCCAAAUCGGAUACAAGCGAGGUCAAACACUCUGACGCGGAUGAAGGGGAUGACGGCGACGGCGUCGGGGGUAGUGGCCGUGUUUUUUACCUGCGCGCCGGUAUGCUGUGUCCGACGCGGCCGACCCCCGAGGAGGCGGCGGCGCUGCAGGCACGACGGAAGAAGGCGGCGCCGCGGGUCGUAUGGAAGUCGCCAAGUACGCCGCUGAACGCAUCGCGGCCGCCACGCUACCACAGCCGGCACUGGGACGGCAUCGAUGUUGCACUCGGCCGUCACUUGAACGAGCACUACGCAACGCACCCGCAGUCGCCGUGGCGCUUUCACAUGGUCGCCUCAACCUCCGGCGAGUACGUUCUGCACAACCGCCAAAACGCACAGAAACGGAUCGUGUACCUGCGCAUUAUCCAGACACGAUUGUUUUUGCGCAAUACAGGGAAGGAUCAGCCGUGGGUGCGCAUCGACGAAGCGCUCGGAGCCCUCGAAAGGUCUUAG